GGGGAAAUAAAUUUUAACAGUUGGCCUGUAAUAUAGGAAACUAACUUUUCACCCAAUAAUAAAAAAAAAAUAGAGGAGAACAACAACAAGACGACAAAUAACGACCAAAUUCCUUAAUAUUCCGAUUAAUCCCUCUCAACGAACUCUCUCCCUCCUCCUCCUCCCAUGGACUCCGUCUCCGGCUACGCCGGUCCACGUCAGCCUCGAACCGGAGGCAAGAUUGUUCGACCACGCCGGACCUCCGUCGUUAGGACGCCGUAUGACCGCCCUGCUCCAAGAUCUCGGGAUCCUCCUCAGCAAAACCCUAGUUGGAUCUCCAGGCUCGUUUACAAACCUGCCACCGCCAUUGCCUCCGGCGCCGGGAAAUUCAUCUCUUCCGUCGUCUUCUCUGAGUCUUCCUCAUCUUCUUCGGAGGGUGAGGAUUCGUCUUCAGAUAUUGAAGGUGAUGAGGAUGUUGAGAAGAACAUCACUGAGUUUGCAGAAGAUGAAACAAUGGACCUUGUGAAUGCCCAGCAAUCAACCAUCCAAAGACUCGGUUCUAAGCGUGUAAUUGAGCAGCUUCUCAUGCAAGAAACAUUUGCAAGGGAAGAGGGAGAUAGAUUAAUAGAUAUCAUCAAGGCGAGGGUUGUAGAUCAUCCCAGUGCCCUCGCUUCUAAUGAGGGUAGGCAUAGUGACAAUGGAUUGACAAGUGAGGUGAAUGUGGGUGAAAUGUCCAAUAAAGCUGUCAUGGAAGCAAAAAGAUGGUUGGAAGAGAAGAAAUCAGCAUCCAAUUCAAAAUCCAAAGCAACUGAAGAUGGUGCUGGAUCUCCUGUGGACGUGGCCAGGUCAUAUAUGCGAUCUCGUCUGCCGUGGGGAUCUCCGGCUGCAAACAACUCAGAGUUUCGGUCACCAUUACCAGCAGGGAUGCAGUUUCUUAAUGAAGGGACACCGUUUCCUUAUAGUGCUGGAAACUUAUCCUCUUCCAAGAUGAAAAGGAGAUCCCGUUCCAAUCCGUCAUGGAAUAUUCAAGAUGAAAUUCGUAAAGUCAGAGCUAAAGCAACAGAGCAAAUGCUUAAAACUGUAUCCCCAAGUAGUGUAGCACCGUUGGAACCUAAACAUAUCACCUAUGUUGAUGGAGCUUUACGAAAUGAACAAAGCGGGGUUCCACCAGAGUCAACGAUACCGACCUCUGAACAUAAUCAGGACGUUGAAGAAACAGGAGUUAGAUCUCGUGGAGUUGUUUUGGACAUGAAAUUGAUCUCCACACAAGGAGUCAAGACAUCUGAAGAUACAACCGCUCCUCAAAGGUUUCUUCUUGUCAGAUCCUUUUUUUUUUCAGUGUAUUCAUUAAGUUUCUCAACCGUAUUUGAUAGUAGAACCGGUGUACAUGACGACUUGAUCCAACCUAGCUCGACUAUUGGAGACACCACAAAUGCUGUAUUGGCUCUUGGAGCAACUGGGAACCUUUGUAUCCCAAAAGAUGUGUUUGAAACAUCAAAAGAAGCUGAUGAAGUAGGGGCAGCACAUCCUGCUUCUAACGGUUUCCCAUCUUCAUCACCUAGUUCACCAGUGGCUAUGGAAGGUGAACCAAAACCGAAACCACCAGAUGAAACCGAGGCUUCUCAGCAUGUAGCUGAAACUCCUGAUGAUGUCUCAGAUGGCACGAUUGACAAAGAAAACAAUAACAGCGACUCGAGUGGCUCGCAUGAAGAAGAGUGGCUCCCAGGAGACCAGUCUCUACCGAGCUCAAACUCGGCAAGUAGCAGCCCGGAUACUAGCAAGGUCCUGGCGUACACGAGAAGAGGAAGAGGGCGAGGUAGGGGAAGAGGUCGAGGGAAAGGACGGGGAAAAUAAAGAGCUGUACACAACAAGAACAACCCAAUGCAGUAGGAGAGUAUUAUGAGGUAGGAGGAGUAUGUGAGACAUCUCUUUUAGAUUUCAAUCCCACACUGUUUGUCUCCUCUACCAAUGUCUUUUGUCAUUUCCUUAUCUCUUUAGCUUCUUUUUUGUAGUCAAACUGUGUCUCUGUUUAUUUUUAUUUCUGAAUCUUUAAUGUUUGUGUUGUAAGUUUGAAACUGGAGCAGCGAAACAAACUUUUUUUGAACACAAUAAGCAAAUUUUAUCAAGA